CGAUCCGUUGAACGCAGCCAACAAACCAGACCAGCUAGUUUACUGCAAGCCAAGACAUCCGCGGCCGACUCUGACAGUUGUUUCAGUGUUAUUCAUUUGUUGUCUAAACGGCGAUGUGUUUUUUUCUUGUGGCACUCCUUCGCCGGACCUUCCUGUAUGGAAAGUGCAGAAACCAAGGGAUCUGGGAAGUAUGGGAAUAGUACACGUACGAUGAGAGAUUCGGAUGGUACAGUGCUGUUUCCUUGGAAACGAUUGUUGUGUUUAUUGUCGAGUUGAAUUUGUAUUCGUUGUGCCAACAAUGCUGGUUCUUCGGAUUCUCCGUUGGUGAUGGUUUGUUUGUAUGUGUUUUCGAUAAGGUCGCUUCCUCGCGAGUGCAACUGAUUAAAAAUGACCCUUAUGAUGAAAGUAACGAACGAUGUUUUCAGUUUGUAGCUGGAGUUACAUGGAUAUAUGGUUGGAAUUAGACUUCUUGAAUGAAAUAUAUGAAGUGAACCAACUCAAGGAAAAAUGGCCGCCACGCCUGGCCAAAUCAUAGCAGCGGCAGCCCGCUGGACCGAUGAGGGGUAUUACAUCCAGGAGUUCGUAUCAAAAAACAAACUCCCAGCUGUAGUGAAAAUAAUAAAGGGCCAAUACGGCGGCCUUGGGGUACCCACCCUGCCAAGUCCGGGCCUGCAGUCCAUCGCUCUCCUUGUGUCCGUCGGAAAAAGACAGAAAAUACUCGCGCAAGCGGUGAAAAUAAAGGAGGGGAAACGUUUGGUCAGUGUCGGUCCCCGGCUAGUGAUUCCAGAGACGUAUUCGGGAUAUUUCGAAUUGUUGAGUGAAGAAGGUAGGGCGGUACGAUGUAUCGAUAGCGUUUCUGAACUGUCUAGAAGAAGGGCGGAGGGCGGUUGUUUGGUCAGAGAGACGAUACGGGCGGUACAAGCCAAAAUUGAUCCCCAGACAGGGUCAGUGAGUCCAGAAGGUGCCAGAACAAUUCCUGCGGGUGAAAUACUAGUCCCAUUCGGAGAGAUCAGUCUGCCAGGUUCCAAGGGUCGUUAUCUCAAGUGCCUUGACCCAAAAGGAGAUACUCUGUUGCUCGGUUUGGAACAGAGAGGAAAAUUCUCGAUUUUAGCUCGAGAAGACAAUAUUAGUGGUGUCCACACAGCCAAAAACUUACUGAGUAAGAGAUUGCCGCUAACUGUGAGACUGGUACACGGUACUGCACCCAGAGGCAUCAAAAGCCCAAAUCAUUUUGUGCCAGAAAUUAGACUUCUUUCUAUCGUCGAAGAAGAACACAUAUUUGCUGUACCACUUCAGAAAGACGACCAGAAUGUAGUGGCUUUACCGUUGGGAGCACCCUUGAAACUGCUGAAGGCUAAAAAUGAGGAAAUAUUGAAAGGUAUGGUUGAAUACAACAGACUGGUGGAAAAAGUAACAAAACUAGCAUCUGAAGUAUGUGACCGAAUGCAAACUAUAGAGGGCAAACUAGGAGAAGGCAAGAAACUACCUCCAGCGCACCCCCCUGAUCCGAGAAACGGCUUCCUGUUACGCCGCAGUGCUUCCUCAGACUCAGCAAAUCACAAGCCCAAGCACUCCCACCGAAGGGAUGAGAAUAUUGUGCCUGUAUCGAAAAACUAUGACGAGAUCGAUCAAAUUUACGAUUAUGUCAGGGGUGUGGCACCUUUACCCAAGAAUAUCCGUUCCCCUUAUUCUGAACCAAGUCCUUCUUCCAUAUCCCACAGUUCCGCACCCUCGAACACCCACUCGUUAAAUGAUAUCAAACCCGAACCUCCACCUAUUGACACUAUUCCCACCAAAAAAUUGCAUGCAGAGAAACGAAACAGAAAGGCUUCGACUAUUCAAGAAGCUCCAACGAAAGUGGUUCCAAGUGUCGAAAAGACUCCUCCAGGACUCCCCAAACUCUUUGUAAAGAACGGACAGUCCCAACGAGUGAGGUUGCUUAGGCAAAAAAGUGCGUCUCCUAUCAAAGAAACUGCACCAACUAGCCGAUCCAAGACUGGUUCACCCUUGUUCAGCAUAAGGUAUAAGUCCUUAAACAGUUUGCAGGUCAUGGAGCUGGAUGGUACGUUAGAUUCCAGUAAUUCUGGAAAUGAUUCUGGUGGUGUUAUGAAACAGCCAGAAAAGCGGUCUAGGAAACUGUCAAGGCCAAGGAGUUUGACGAAUCUGAUCUGGGAAGUGAAGGAAUACCCUGAUAUAACAGUGCCAGUUAUAGAAAAGUCGAAAAAAGUUCAAGCAGCUGCCAUAAUAUCGAAGAAUAAGCAUUCUAAAUAUACCAUUAACAGUCAACGUCGAGGUACUCUAUAUUUAUGAAUUAGUGAUAUUGAGGGGGGAGACUGAAAUUUGAUAUGAAUAUAAAGUUUUCUGGCUCUGGUGUUCAAAAAACCACCAAGCAUAAUUAUAACAGGGUUCAAUGAUAUUUAUAUUACCCUUCUUUAUGCAGCCAAAUUAAAGGCAUGAAAACUGAUUGGAUGGUAAAUAUUUAUAAAUUGCCUUAAUAGAACUUUAAUUUGUUUAAAAAUAUCUCUGCCAUAUAUUGUUGAAGAUAACUCCUAAAAUAGCAUUCUGUCUAUCUUAUUUUUGCAAAAAUAUUCUUUGAAACUAUUUCUUAUGUAUUAGAAAAUAAUGAUAGAAGUUUAUGUGUUUAGGUAAAGUUGAUUUGGAGUUUUGGACUUGAAUUUUAAAUCUUUUGGAUAAUUUAUUAUCACUGAUGGUAAUUCUUGUUGACAUUUUAAAUAUGUAUAUGUAAUUUUGGUCAUCCCAUUCUUUUAAAUGGGUUAAAAAUAUAAUUUAUUCAACAUAAUGCUGAACAGAACAUAUCAUGUACCAAUUUUUCAAAUAUUUUUCGAUGUGCCUUUGAAAAGACUAAACCAUUUGUUAAGUGUAUGGUAUGAGUAAAAUAAUCUAUAAUUGCAGGAAUACUCCCUCCCAAUAUAAGCUUGUGAUUUUUAUCAUAUAUAAUAGCAUGCCUUCCAUUUUUUUGAUAUUUGUGAUUUUUCUAGUUUUAAUUCAACAUUAAUAAAUCGUAUUGUGAUAAUGUUUUCGCGAGAAAGUAUUUUUUCGAAACUUUUCUACCACAUAGGUCAUUUUAUUAUAUUAUUUGCAUUGAGGAUGAGCCCAAGGACCUGCAGAUAUUAUUUGGAUAGAUCAUAAUUGUUCUCAAUAUUUUGUAUGAUUGCUAAAAAUAAUGUAGUAGUAUUUAUGAACAUUUUUGGUCAAAUUUAAUAAAGUGCUAUUUUCUUCAGUUAUA